AUGAUGACGAUCAAGACGGACGACAAUGACUUGCGGGUCGAAGCGGAUCGGACGAACUAUCGACUGCAAGUGAGUAACAAGCCGUUCUCCAAGACGCUUCAUGACGGGAAGCUCGAGACGAUGCGACAAGAGAUGGGCGACAAAGACUGGCACGAGUCCAUUGAUCGCUUGCGACACACACGUGGCUUUGCCGAUGCAGAUGCCGAGUUUCCGGAGAUGGAUCCGUUGCUAGUGUCCCGUGGCGAAGAGUUCCACCCAGAGCUACGGAAAGCACUGGAUGUGUGGGGCCACACGGAAGAAGCGGAUGGGCUGUUUGUUGAUGAUCACACGUACCGUCGCGUGCAAGGAAAUUGCUGGGGUCGUUUUUGGACGUCGAUCUUUGCGUUGCCGUACGAUCCGUUGACGUACUUUGCUCCGUUUGCGGAAUACCGCUAUGAAGAAAAGUAUCAGCCGUACUAUCGACGCUACCCGAUCAAGUGGGGAGGGAAGAAGGAACAGACGUUGUUCACGCAAAAGGAUCGGCUUCGACUUGCUGAAGGCAUUAUCGAGCGUCACAUUAAUGCAGAUGCUCUCGAGGCAGCUGGAUACUUGCAGGGCCCGAUGUUUGCGCUUCAUGACGCAGACGCGUUGCAUGAUUUAAGGCACGCAUGGGCUUUGCACUGGACCAUGCUGUACCAACCGUUGCACAAGAUCCGCUACUAUUUUGGAGAAAAGAUUGCUCUGUACUUUGCGUGGCUGGAAUUUUAUACGAAGAUGCUCAUUUUUCCCGCUAUCGCUGGCGUUAUAACGUUUGUUUACAUUGAGGCACGCCAGGCUGCAACAGGCACGAACGAACAGGGCUAUAUCCUCAUUGCUUUUGCCGUGUUUGUGGUAAUCUGGUCGUCGUUGUUUUCGGAAUUAUGGAGGCGCAAGAAUGGUCUGUUGGAUUCGCUCUGGGGUCUAAGUGGUUUGCAAGAGUCGUUUCGUUACCGCCCUCAGUUCCGUGGCACUAAGAGCUACCAUCCGGUGACCGACGCGGAGGAAGUGACGUUCGAAAGCAAAACAAAGCGCCGCCGUGCGUUUGUCGUGUCCGUGUUGGUUGUGACACUCAUGGUCGGAAUCGUGGUUCUCGCUCUUUUUGGGUUGUUUGUGCUCAAGCAUUGGAUCAACAGCACUGAUCAUUUGGACAAGCAUCACGUCAGCGCAGAGUACCGAACGACACUCACGUUCGGUGUGACUGUGGCAAACGCUAUUCAAAUUUUGGUGCUGAAUAUGGUAUACCGAAAUGUGGCCCGCAAGCUGAAUGACCUUGAAAACCACCGCACGGAUGCCGAGUACGAAAGCUACUUGAUUAUCAAGGUUUUCCUGUUCCAGUUCUGUAACUCCUUUGCUUCUUUCUUCUACAUCGCUUUUGUGAAGCGUAUGGCCGAGGGUUCUUGCCUGUAUAAAGACGAUUGCAUGCAAGAGCUGCGUGACCAGUUGUUGACUUUGUUCUUGAUCCGGAUUGUGGUGGGCAAUACGACGGAAGUGAUCGUCCCGUAUUUGAAGUACCGCUACCAGCUUUUUGCUGAACGCGACGCGGCGAGCACUGAGGAGAAAGUUGGCCAUAACAACAUCGAAGAGCAGGCAAAGCUGGUGCCGUACGAGAGCAACGAGGCAUUUGAAGACUAUAACGAGAUGGUGAUUCAGUACGGAUUCAUCAAUCUGUUUGUAGUAGCCUUUCCGUUGACACCGCUGCUGGCAUUGGCUAACAAUUUACUGGAAGUACACGUUGAUGCAGUGAAACUCUGCUUUGUGCACCGCCGGCCAUUCCCCCACCCUGCUAAGGACAUUGGCGUGUGGUUUUACAUUCUACGGUUCAUGACAUACAUUGCGCUUGGUACGAACUCGGCGCUGAUUUUAUGGACGUCCAACUUGUUUGAAGACCAAAGUGGAACUGUUAGAGCGUUUAGCUUUGUGGUGGCGUGCCAAGUGUGUCUGGUUUUGGCGAUUCUAGUCGAGCGCGUCGUGCCGGACACACCUCACGAGAUCAAGUUGCUCUUUGAGCGUUCCGAGCACAUCGUGAAUGUGGUUUUCAAAGGACUCUUUGAGGGCGAUUCUUCACACCUGAACGAGGUUGCGGAGCACUUGGACCUCCGAAUUCACCCUAACGCUCAAUGGGCAGAAGCAAAGCAGCAGUAUGCGUAG